GCGCGGUGCGAGGCGUCGGGUGUUCGUGCCGUGCCGCGGUGGCUCCUGGGUCCUCGCCGCCUCCUCCCGGUCCUGGUGCUUCUCCCCGGCUGCCGGGCCCUGCGCGGGAGUCGCCCUUGCCAGUGCUGUGACAGCGACGCGGCCGGUGCCAGCAUGACGAGCGAGCUGAUCGAGGAUGAGACCCAGUUCUACUCGAAGGCCAAGACCUACUGGAAGCAGAUCCCGCCCACGGUGGACGGCAUGCUUGGGGGGUAUGGCCACAUCUCCAACAUCGACCUCAGCAGCUCCCGGAAGUUCCUGCAGAGGUUUUUGAGGGAAGGCCCGAAUAAGACGGGGACCUCUUGUGCCCUGGACUGCGGCGCGGGCAUCGGAAGGAUCACCAAGCGGCUGCUCCUGCCGCUCUUCCGAGUGGUGGACAUGGUGGACGUGACCGAGGACUUUCUGGCCAAAGCCAAGACCUACCUGGGGGAGGAGGGCAAGCGGGUGAGGAACUACUUCUGCUGUGGGCUGCAGGACUUCAGCCCGGAGCCCGGCUCCUACGACGUCAUCUGGAUCCAGUGGGUGAUAGGCCACCUGACAGAUGAGCACCUGGCUGCGUUCCUGCGGCGCUGCCAGCGCGGCCUGCGGCCCAAUGGCAUCAUCGUCAUCAAGGACAACAUGGCGCAGGAAGGCGUCAUCCUGGACGACGUGGACAGCAGCGUGUGCCGGGACCUCCAGGUGGUCCGCAGGAUCAUCCGCAGCGCCGGCCUCCGGCUCCUGGCCGAGGAGAGGCAGGAGAACCUUCCCGAUGAGAUCUACCACGUCUACAGCUUUGCCCUGAGAUGAGCCAGGCUGGCAGGGACUGCCAGGGACCAGAGCUAGGGUAGGGGCUGGUAGUGGCAAGGCCCAGGCUCCGUGCCAGGGCUCAGACAGCCAAGCCACUAAAUACACUUGUGUGCUUGUCCACACACUUAAAAGACUUUUCUUAAAAAGGCCCAGAGGGAGGCAGCGGGGAGGGAGGCGUGUGGGGUUGUGUGGAGGCACCUGCCCUGCCGCACAGGGGCGGGGCCGGGCCAGCAGCGGGUGGCAGAGCCCCAGACACCAGGCGCUCCCCUCGUGGAGAUGCGCAUCACGCCUCAGGCACAGUGGCCCCCUCUUCCUUGGCUGUGGACUCCUGGGAGAGCAGGAGCCAGGCUGGCUGGUGUCUGGCCCCCCCUCUUCACUAUAAAUCAGGGGCUCCUCUUUGGCAGGCGUUUUUAGUCAACAAUUAAAAGGGGUGAACCUA